UGAGCUGAAAGGUGGAUGGUAUAUAACACAGGGAGAUGCAAGCAGAGGAUCAGCGACCAGUCCAGGGGCGUGAGAGACUCAGAAGAGCUGCAGUGGGUUUGGAAGAGCAACAGAAAGCCCAAACCGGACGGUCAGACAUCCAGCAUGCGUGCUCUGGUGGUGUUUCCUCUGCUCCUGUGUGCAGUGAUGUGUGUGGACCAGGUGAGAGCGGAGGUGAAGGCGGUGAAGCUGUGCGGUCGGGAGUUCCUGAGGGCCGUGGUCUACACCUGCGGAGGCUCCCGCUGGAGGAGGCUCCUCACCGACACGGACAUGGACGGUCUGGCUACAGGGGAGCAGAGCAGCCUGGAGAGCCUCAGCAGCCGAGGCUCCGACUUCACCAAACGGGACAUGAACAACAUACUGACCACCGUGUGCUGUCAGGUGGGCUGCAGGAAGAGCGACCUCACCUUCCUCUGCUGAUGAAGACCCUCCCUUUCGCUUUGUGUUCUCACCCUUAAAGUGACCAGAAUAUUCUCUCCCGUCUUGCCUUACUACAGUAGAAAAACCAAAUCUGAAGAAACCAAAUGCUGACAAUAUGAUCGCUGUUCUAAUUGUCAGGUUUGUUGAUGUGAAUGUGCACCACUAGAGCAUCUGUGAACAUGUUUCUGUACCUGAGCUGGAAGACACAUGCAACCAUAAAUGUACAUUUGAUUACAAGGUAAAUACAGAUGGUGUUAAAAGGUGCAGGACUGUAUUACCUCUCACUCAGUCUGUGUAAAGAGAAGAGCGAUAUCUCAGUGUCCUGUAUGUAUGUAGCAAGUAUCCACAAGGCUGCAGGUUUGUAAAAUUUCCAGCUCUGCUUUAUUGUCUUUAUAGGAAACUUAAGCUUUAUUGUGUCAUUUCGCUAUUUUUGUCACAUAAAUGUUCUUGUGCAGA